UUUCACUUCCAAAAGGGAAAAUCAAUGGAAUAAUAAAUUUUCUGGCGUAAGCAUAUCAAGAUGAUUCAGUAUUUGCUACUGUUCAGUAGACAGGGUAAACUGAGGUUACAGAAAUGGUUUGCUGCAUACUCGGAAGGAGCAAAGAAGAAGAUAACCCGUGAUCUCAUCUCAACAAUACUGUCGAGGAAACCGAAAAUGUCGUCUUUCCUUGAGUGGCAGGAUGUUAAAAUUGUUUACAAGAGAUAUGCUAGUCUAUACUUCUGCUGUGCCAUUGAGAACAACGACAACGAACUGAUAGCUCUUGAGAUUAUUCACAGAUACGUUGAACUCCUCGACAAAUAUUUUGGAAGUGUGUGUGAGUUGGACAUCAUCUUCAACUUCGAGAAGGCGUACUUCAUGUUGGACGAGUUCAUUAUCGGCGGCGAGGUUCAGGAGACUUCUAAGAAGAAUGUUCUGAAAGCCAUUGCUGCGCAGGACCUUCUUCAGGAGGAGGAGACACCUCAAGGGUUCUUUGAGGACGCUGGCCUCGGAUAAUAUUAGAUGAUAAGCGUGAGGAGUCCGCUGACAUCGAGAUAUAUAUCUACUAAAUCUACCAACAUCGAGAUAUAUCUCAGUAAUCUACCAACAUCAAGAUUUAUCUCAUUAAUCUACAAACAUCGAGAUAUAUCUCACUUAUCUACCAAUCUUGAGAUACAUUACUUAAUCUACAAUUCUCGAGAUAUUAAUUCUUGAUUAAUUCUAAUUCAUUGGUAUCCAUCCAAAACUCAUCGCCCUUUAAGAUUUGAACAUUCCGUAUUAUACCUCAUUUCCUUCUUAAAUGCAGUGUUUCCCUUUUUCUGCCCCCCCCCCCUUUAAAUCCACGUAACUUUUA